AUGGAUAAACACAACGAAAACGUUAACAUGAGCCACGGUCCGCGUCGUAGGCAGCGCAGGGCGCCACGCCCGAUCCAGCCGCAGCGUCCCACACAGCUCAUAAAUAGCACUGUGUCUAAGGACGCUCCGCAGGACGAGGCCCUCUCUCAACAUCUGCUCAGACAGAACCAAGAUCUGAAGCUACAGUUGGAAAGGGAACAGGAGAGGAACCAGGCCUCCCAGCAAGAGCUUCUCACACAAAUAGAGAACCUCAAACUGGAUGUAGAGCGGGAUCCAGGCGAGAUUUGGGCCUUCAAAUCUCGCCACCAGGCUCAGUGCGAGCACUGGAUGGAGUACAUGGAGAAUCAGCACAAGAAAGAGCUGGAAGAAAAAGAUAAAGUCAUCAGCAGUUUAGAGGAAAAGGCUGACGACGCUUUUCGUGACCAGGUGCAGGAGGCCAAGGAAGCUGUGGAGGACGAGAUACGCAAUCUGUCUGAAAGAAACCUUAAACUCGAAAUCAUGCUGGACCGUAGAGAAAAGAGAGCACAGAGACUCCUGGAUGCAAUCUCUGAGACGUCCCGACAGAAGGCCGCUCUGAGGGACCAGAUCACAGCUCUCCAACAGGAACUGCAGCAGGAGCAGCAGGAGAAGGAGUCACUGAGGAGUCAGGUGACCCAACUUCAGUCAGAUCUGAGUGAGAGAGACCAGGCCACAGUCACAGCCCAGAGACAUGUGGAGCAGUUAGAGACAGAGACGCAGAAGCUGUCAACAACACUGGACUCUCUCACAUCUGCCCUGAACCAGGAGAAGAGUCUCACCAGUGAAGCUGAGCGCAAACUGCAGGAGAAGGAGAGAGAGACGCAGAAGCUGAAGACACAAGUGUCCGCACUAAGAUCUGCCCUGGACCAGGAACAGCAGGCCACCAGAGAGGCCCAGACCUCCCAGACUGCUCUGCAGCAGCUGGUAGAGGAGCUCAAAGAGAAGCUUCAGACUGAACAGGCGCAAAUAAGGGCCUUCAAAGCACAGUGUGAGAAUGUCCAGAAUGAGCACCUCAAAGAGCUGGAGGCCAAAGAGUGUGAGAUCACUCAUCUGAAACAGCAGAAGGCUUCUGCUUUUCGUGCACAAGUGGAGGAAGCUAGAGAAGCUGUGUGGGCGGAGAUCGCAGACCUUAAAGUUGCCAACUUUGACCUCGAGGAAGAGGUGAUGAAAAGAGACGAGCAAACCCAGGCCCUCCAGGACACAAUCACCCAGAGGUCCAAAGAGGAGAAAAGUCUGAAAUAUCAGGUGACCGAGCUCAGACAGGCCCUGCACCAGGAGAAACAACAGACUGAGGUUUUGUGGAGUGAGGUGGAGGAACUAAAGAACAACCAUAUGCAAAAUACUACAGAAAGUCCUGCCUGCAACAGAGACGUCUGGGAAGUCCUCAAAGAGAAGCUUCAGCAGCUCCACCGAGAACAGCUGUGUUCAGAGAAACAGAGCCGGCUGAUCCUGGAGCAGCAGGUCCAGAAGCUGUCUGAGGACCUGACCUCCUCUCAGGACUACAACACUGCUCUGGAGCUCCAGGUUCAUGAGCUCCAAGACGAGGUCAACGGGCUUCACAAGAAGAAGAAGAGGAGGAGUAGGAGUUGGUGGUGUUUCUAA